CUUCGCUCCCUCCGCUGAUGCAGAAUCACACUUCACCUCCCCCAGUUACCAUCAGAAAUCUCUCAUCCCCCCUAAUGCGGGGAUCUUCCUCUGCUCUCUAAUCCACUGAACAGAAGUGCUUUGUCCUUCUGUAUCACUCACCCUAUUUUUCCCUCCCGUCUCUUCGCUGCAGGAUGAGCGCUGAAUGCAGCAGUUACUACAACACUGACGGUGUGUUUGUGGAGGCUUUCUCCUGCCCCAAACCAGGCAGCGCUGCCUUUGCCAUUUACUGCUGUGGCUUUAAUGAUGUGAAGUAUUGCUGCGAUGAUCCCAACAGCUUUUUUCCAUAUGAGUAUGGAUACAUGUGGUGGCUGAGUAUCGGUGCUCUGGUAGGUCUAUCCAUCGCAGCGGUGGUGCUCCUCGCCUUCCUCAUCACUGUCUGCGUCCUCUGCUACCUUUUCAUAGCCACCAAGCCCAGUCGCCUUGACAACGGCCUGCCCCUCAGAGCACCAGGUCAGGAUGGUUGUAGACCCAAGCGAAGGAACCAGUCAUGGGAGAGUUACCGCUGCUUCUGGUCCACAGGGGUUCAGAAAGCAAAUGAUGAACAGGAAAGUGGACUCUGACAAGGAGCCAUCAGACCCGGAGCGGCUUUUCCAGCGAUGCUUUACUGCUACGGUCACAGGUGUGAAGGUGGAAAGUCCCACAUAGGGUUAAAGAGAAACUUGUCUCUGAGGAAAAACGGCGAACAGGGCGCGGCUCAAGGAGGCGGAUAAUUCUGGACGCUGUAUGAGCUGCCAGAAAACCUCAAGGAAAGGCAUUACAGCUGCAUUUACUGACAUCAUGCAUCACAUAUUGUAGUCAUGGUAGCUGAGUGGAGUAAAUUGAUGAGUUUUUCCAUUCAUUGGAGCAAAGAAGCACUCCCAGUGCCGGUGACCACUCUUAAAAGCAGUUAUUAUGGUGACUGAAACUUUGCUGCUUUUUAAGUGAAACUGAUCUUUCACCUCUUCUUGGAAGUGCUUGCAGAUGGUAUGAGUUGGUGUGUGAACGCCUGGUAAUACAACGGGAGAGAAAGGAUAUCAUCAAAAUUGGAACAGAGACUCUGGGGCAAGUUUUCAAUGUCACAAGUCAGACCCUUGUGACAUUUAGAGCUGCCAAUUUAAAGCGCUCUCCUCUCAUGAAUGUAAGGACUAAAGUGGGGUUUUUCCAUGUAAAACAUUCACUACCAGGAACACCAGCUUGUUUACUCGCUUACAGUGAUGUAUCUCCCCUUUUAAAUGCCAAACAUCCUGUUCUACCCAUUGUCCUCAAAUGUAGGAAAUCAACUGUCAACAAUAGUUUCUUUCAUCAGUUUGUCACUGUGUUUAUCUUUGUUUUUUUUCUCUCAGCCAAACAAACCUCUCCUUGAACAUGUCCGAUGACAUUAAUGAAUAUUGUGGGAUAUUAAUAGUUUGUGAUGGAGUGCAUUUCAGUUAAAGUCACGAGUUGAUGACUUAAUAAGUCAGUUGACAGUGCUGUCAAUAAGCAAAUAACACUUGAAUACAAUGGAUAAUACCCUUAGGCCUCCGACCCAACUGGUUUCAUAUUUCAACAAAGUUUCAGUAAAUCUAAGAAGAUCUGUAAUCUAACUUUAAAGACAAAACAAGAUAGUAGCAAUGGCUUAAAUACUUGUUGAAUAAAUAUUGUAUUUUUUCAGGUUUAAAUAUUACAGAUCAGUAAUUUAAAUAU